AUGGAGAAGAAACUUUAUCAGUGCGAUGUCUGCGCCAAAUCGUUCUCUAAAAGUACCAAUUUGACAACGCAUCGACGCACGCACACUGGUGAAAAACCAUACGCGUGCGAUGUAUGUGAAAAGUCAUUCUCCGCAAGUACCGAUUUGACGAUACAUCGACGCAUGCACACUGGAGAAAAACCGUUCCCUUGUGAUGUAUGCGAAAAGUCGUUCUCUCAAAGUGGCAAUUUGACAGCACAUCGACGCACACACACUGGUGAAAAACCGUUCCUUUGUGAUGUCUGCGACAAGUCGUUCUCUAAAAGUACCAAUUUGACAACGCAUCGACGCACGCACACUGGUGAAAAACCGUACGCGUGCGAUGUAUGUGAAAAGUCGUUCUCCGCAAGUACCGGUUUGACGAUACAUCGACGCAUGCACACUGGAGAAAAGCCGUACGCUUGCGAUGUAUGCGAGAAGUCAUUCUCCGCAAGUACCGAUUUGACGAUACAUCGACGCAUGCACACUGGAGAAAAACCGUUCCCUUGUGAUGUAUGCGAAAAGUCGUUCUCUAAAAGUGGCAAUUUGACAGCACAUCGACGCACACACACUGGAGAAAAACCGUACGCGUGCGAUGUUUGCGAUAAGUCGUUCUCUGAAAAUGGCAGUUUGACGAAACAUAGACGCAUGCACACUGGAGAAAAACCGUACGCGUGUGAUGUAUGUGAAAAGUCGUUCUCCGAAAGUAGCCAUUUGACGAGACACAAGCGGACUCACACUGGAGAAAAGCCGUACGCUUGCGAUGUAUGCGAGAAGUUGUUCUCCGAAUGUAGCCAUUUGACGAAACACAAGCGGACUCACACUGGAGAAAAACCGUACGCGUGUGAUGUAUGCGAAAAGUCGUUCUCUGAAAGUGGCAGUUUGACGAAACACAAGCGGACUCACACUGGAGAAAAACCGUUCCCUUGUGAUGUAUGUGAAAAGUCGUUCUCUAAAAGUGGCAAUUUGAUAGCACAUCGACGCAUGCACACUGGAGAAAAACCGUACGCGUGUGAUGUAUGCGAAAAGUCGUUCUCUGAAAGCAGCAGUUUGACGAAACAUCGACGCACGCACACUGGAGAAAAGCCGUACGCUUGCGAUGUAUGCGAUAAGUCGUUCUCCAGAAGUACCGAUUUGACGAUACAUCGACGCAUGCACACUGGAGAAAAACCGUUCCCUUGUGAUGUAUGCGAAAAGUCGUUCUCUAAAAGUAGCAAUUUUACAGCACAUCGACGCAUGCACACUGGAGAAAAACCGUACGCGUGUGAUGUAUGCGAAAAGUCGUUCUCCGAAAGUGGCAGUUUGACGAAACACAAGCGGACUCACACUGGAGAAAAACCGUUCCCUUGUGAUGUAUGUGAAAAGUCGUUCUCUACAAGUAGCAAUUUGACAGCACAUCGACACACACACACUGGAGAAAAACCGUACGCGUGCGAUGUUUGCGAUAAGUCGUUCCCUACAAGUAGCAAUUUGACAACACAUCGACGCACACACACUGGAGAAAAACCGUACGCUUGUGAUGUAUGCAAAAAGUCGUUUUCUGAAAUUGGUAGUUUGACGAAACACAAGCGGACUCACACCGGAGAAAAACCGUACAAGUGUGAUGUAUGCGAAAAGUCGUUCUCUACAAGUAGCAAUUUGACAACACAUCGACGCACACACACUGGAGAAAAGCCGUACGCUUGCGAUGUAUGCGAAAAGUCAUUCUCCGCAAGUACUGAUUUGACGAUACAUCGACGCAUGCACACUGGAGAAAAACCGUUCCCUUGUGAUGUAUGCGAAAAGUCGUUCUCUAAAAGUGGCAAUUUCACAGCACAUCGACGCACACACACUGGAGAAAAACCGUUCCCUUGUGAUGUAUGCGAAAAGUCGUUCUCUGAAAGUGGCAAUUUGACAGCACAUCGACGCACACACACUGGAGAUAAACCGUACGCGUGCGAUGUUUGCGAUAAGUCGUUCUCUGAAAGUGGCAAUUUGACAAGACAUAAGCGUACGCACAUGGCACACUGAUCGGAAGUAUCAAAGAUCUAUGAUCCAAUGACCGUAUUAAAAUAAGAUACUUCUUGAUAACAUAUUACCUAUUACGGUCAAUGUGUUAAUUUUAUCGAGUAAAUAGUUGUUUCUGAAUACUUAAUAAAUUGCUAAUUUUUCACAUUAUGCUUAAAUAAAUACACAUUUCGUAUGGUUUUUAAUGUUUAAAAUAUAAUGUUUGUGUUUCUCCUUUAUUGUCAUAUCCCAAGCACGGCAUAUCUACCACGAAAUUAUUAAAAACUUAUUUUCGCCCACCAGUUCC